AUGCAGUCUUCACAUGACGACAACGACGUCUAUUAUUCACCAGUGUCACUGAACGAGGAUUCUGACCAGUAUUUGUCUGCAACAAGCGAUUUUAAGUCAAGUGAUUCAACCCAACCAUACAAGAAGGAAGAGCUCGUAAUCCCUAUAAGCAAGUUCGCCCGAUUGGUCAAGACGAUCUUACAAUCUCAUGGGGACUAUAGAGUCACCAACUUGGCAUUGGAAGCACUUCAGGAAGCAUCAGAGAUGUAUCUCGUCGACCUUUUCGAGGAUGCUUUCAGAUGUACACGCUUCAGGAGUCGUGUCACCUUGCGACCUGAAGAUAUUGAACUCGUUUGCUACAUCAGGGGCUACUGGUACCCCAUUAACUCCGCGGAUAGAACCAGAAUAGAAUAA